ACGACACCAAGCUGGGAAAAAUACGCAGCUGGGGUGUGUCAGACUACACCCCUAUUUAUGUCAGAGAGCGAGAGAAAUGACUACACACACUGAGUGUGAGAGAGAGAGAGAGAGAGAGAGAGAGACGAGAAACGUCAUCGCCUUGCAAACAAGGAAGUGCGUGUUUAAAAGUAAGAUUUCCAGUUGCCUUAGUAUAAAGUGAGUGUAUUAUUUUUCUCUGGACGUAAACAAGGAAGAAGCUACGCCUGGAGUUGGUUUUAGUGGAUCUACAGGAGUGUUGGUGGAAUCUCUGAGUUGGCAUGUCCAGAUCAGACUUCCCGCCGGGCUAUGAUGAGUCGCGGCUGAUUUCAGAUCCUCAAGCUGGGGGUGUACAGCCUUCCGCACCCCCUCCAGCCUACGAUUACUCUCCGUAUGGCGGUCAACCACAGCCUGGACCCUACCCUGGAGCUCCCUACUCCCAGCCAUUUGCUCCUUACCCUGGGCAGCCUGGAAUGUACCCCUCGCAGCCAGGACUACCCGGUCAAGGGUAUCCACCACAUCCAGGACAUCCCGGUCAAGGAUACCCACCACCAAUGCCGCCGAUAAUCCCACCAACGAUACCCAUCUCUGACUCAGGUGAUGAUGGCUUCACCACGACGUCAGGAUGGGAGAGUGUGAACGUGCGACAUGCUUUCAUUCGCAAAGUGUACCUGAUCCUUGCAGCUCAGCUCCUCGUCACAGUCAGCAUCGUGGCUGUUUUCACUUUUGUAAAACCUGUGCAGAAUUUUGUGGUGAAAAAUCCAGCACUCUACUGGGCUUCAUAUGCCGUGUACAUCAUCACACACCUUGUGUUGGUCUGCUGUAAGGGACCCAGGAGGCGUUACCCUUGGAACCUUAUCCUGCUCGCCAUAUUUACUCUGGCUUUGUCCUAUAUGACCGGGACGAUAUCAAGUUAUUAUAACACCAAGUCGGUUUUCCUGGCGCUGGGUAUCACCGUAAUCGUCUGCAUCGCUGUGACGGUCUUCUGCUUCCAGACAAAGGUGGAUUUCACCAAAUGCGGAGGUCUUUUCUGCGUCCUGGGAAUUGUUGUCUUCGUGACUGGAAUCAUCACCGCAAUCGUACUGUCAUUUAAAUAUAUCCCGUGGCUUCAUAUGGUGUAUGCUUCUAUUGGAGCAAUUGUGUUCACGCUGUUCCUGGCCUAUCACACGCAACUUCUUAUCGGGAACAGGAAGCACUCGAUAAAUCCGGAGGAGUACGUGUUCGCCGCUCUCUCCAUCUAUGUCGACGUCAUUCAGAUUUUCCUUUUCCUCCUGCAAAUCAUCGGAGCUGCUCAAAGAUAGGAGUGGCCUUUGAACUUCUCGUGUCCAACGCAGUUACAAUCAUGAUGUGUUUGCUGAAUAUUUUGAGAGGAAAAAAGAACAUUGUAUCAGAUAGUAGACAUUAGUAUGAUUUAAAAUUCUUCUAACAUCAGGACAGAAGGGGUUUAAUAAAAGAGCUGAUUCUUUUGUGCUGAAUUUAGGAUGCUGGUUUACUCCAUAAACACCUUCUUAAUCUUUAUAUUAAGUUGAGCUGGAAAUCUAUUUUAUACACACUGUAUUCAUUAUGUUUUGAUAUGAGCGGGAAUUUUAUUUGUACUAAUAAUGAAUUCAAGUCGAUACGUCUAUUUUGUGCAAGUUUAACAUUUUGGACUUUUUUUUAUGAUUAAUAAAAAUAAUAUAGUUUAAUCAAGAUGCCUGAACAAAAAAGUCACUGAAGUGGAAGAUUUCUAUUAAAAUGAAUCAUAUUAAUAAUUUCAUUAUAGUGAGAUUCAGAAAUAUUGGCACCCUUAAUAAGUCACUACAAAAAACAAAUAACCUACAAGUUAAUUCAGAUGCUAUUUCAAACUGCUAUAUAAAUAUAUCUAUAACAUA